AUGGCAAAGCAAGCAGAGGAAGGCCUUUUUGAUAGUUCUGAAUGUUCGCCAAGUAGAAGCACACCAAUGGGAACUCCUUUAAGAAAGGGUAGAAGAAUCUUUCAUAGGGAUGUUGAAAGAGACCAGUUUCAGUAUGCAAAUGCUCAUUGCCUCUCCUCAUACUACAGCGUCUUCGUGGCCCGGCUUGCUAUCAUGGUUAUGCUAGCCAUUUUAAUUGGGCUAUUGACCAUACUGACUUGGCAUUUCACAAGGAUCUACACAGCAAAAUCACUGAGCAACUUAGCAUACGGGCUACGUUAUGAACUUCUGCAGCGUCCUGUUUUACGGAUGUGGAACAUCUUGAAUUCUACCGCCGAAAUAACAGCAGCCCAGGUUAAGCUGUCGGAGUAUGUAAUCAAACGGUACAGCAAGCCUACUACUCAAGCAGAACAAGUUGAGCUAUACGAAUCGAUGAGGGCUGUGACAUGGGCAAUGUUUGCGAGUCGUAAAGCUCUCAAUGCAAUUACUAUCAACUACAGAAAUGGUUUUGUCCAGGCAUUUCAUAGAGAUCACAGGAGCAACAACACAUACUACAUCUACUCUGAUCUUGCAAACUAUUCAAUCGGUGCCAGUGGAGCUUACGAUGCUAAUAUGAUGUCAACACAUCAGGGGUGGAGUGAUCAAACCAUACACGGCAACAUUUCUGCAAAAUGGUACCGCGAACCCCUCAAUCCUGUCACGGGUGAGAAGAUAGGAAAAGCAAGCCAAAUCCAGCCAGAUGAUCUGAUCAAUAUAGCAGGGCUUUCACAAGUACCAGAUGGUGUGGCCACGUGGCACGUGGCGGUGAGCAAGUACUCAGAUUCACCACUGCUCUCAGCAGCACUGGCAGUUUCUGACCCUUCAAAUAAAAGCAUAGUGGCUGUUGUGGGUGUUACUACAGCUCUAUAUAGUGUUGGGCAGCUGAUGAAAGAACUGGUUGAGUUUCACAGUGGACAUAUUUACUUAACGUCUCAAGAAGGUUACUUGCUUGCUACAUCUACAAAUGCUCCUCUUUUAAGGAAUUCAACAGAAGGGCCUAAGCUUAUGAUGGCGGUCGAUUCCGAGGAUCACAUCAUUCGAACUGGAGCGGAGUGGUUACAGAGAGCCUAUGGCAAUGAGUUCCCUCCUAGUCAUGAGGUUCAUGUUGAGAAUGCCAGGCUUGGACACCAGCAAUACUACAUCGACUCGUUUUUUCUAAAAUUGAAGAGACUCCCUCUGGUAGGGGUUAUUAUCAUCCCAAGAAAAUAUAUAAUGGGGAAGGUAGAUGAGAGAGCCUUCAAAACAUUGGUUAUACUGAUUUCUGCAUCAUUUUGUAUCUUGGUUACUGGAUGUAUUUGCAUUUUCAUACUGACAAAUGGAGUAUCAAAGGAAAUGAAACUCAGGGCAGAGCUGAUAAGUCAUCUUGAUGCAAGAAGAAGGGCAGAGGCCUCUAGCAACUACAAAAGCCAAUUUCUAGCAAAUAUGAGCCAUGAACUGAGGACACCAAUGGCUGCAGUGAUUGGGCUGCUGGACAUUCUUAUCAGUGAUGAUUGUCUUACAAAUGAACAAUAUUCUACAGUCACUCAGAUUAGGAAAUGCUCGACGGCUCUACUUCGGCUUCUUAACAACAUAUUGGAUCUCAGCAAGGUUGAAUCUGGAAAACUGGUGUUGGAAGAAGCCGAGUUUGACUUGGGAAGAGAACUUGAGGGGCUCUUCGAUAUGUUCUCUGUGCAGUGCAUUAACCACAAUGUGGAGACUGUUUUAGAUCUCUCUGAUGACAUGCCAAAAUUAGUUCGAGGAGAUUCUGCAAGAGUUGUUCAAAUAUUUGCUAAUCUAAUCAGCAAUUCAAUCAAGUUCACUACAUCGGGGCAUGUUAUACUCAGAGGUUCAUGUGAGAACACUUCUGGUGAUAUCAGGAGAAUCCCUUUCGAUCAGAAAAAUUUGCGGCCUUCUCAUAAGGCAAAGCUGAAGCAAGGGAACCAUGUAAAGAAGGCCCCAAAGAAAGAUGACAAAAUGAUUCUUUGGUUUGAAGUUGAUGACACUGGCUGUGGAAUUGAUCCUGGUAAAUGGGAGUCUGUCUUUGAAAGCUUUGAGCAAGCUGAUCCCUCAACAACUCGAACGCAUGGUGGCACUGGACUUGGAUUGUGCAUCGUACGGACGUUGGUUAACAAGAUGGGUGGAGAAAUCAAGGUUGUAAAGAAGGAUGGACCUGGAACUUUAAUGCAAUUAUACUUGGUUAUCAAUACGCCUGCAGAUGGCACAGAGCAACUUUGUCAAGUAGAUUUAGCAAAGCACAAUGUAGUGGUGCUACUUGCACUACAUGGCAGCAUGGGUAGAUUGAUUACGUCCCAGUGGUUGCGUAAAAAUGGAGUGUUCACUUUGGCAACAUCUGAGUGGAAUGAACUGACACAAAUUCUUCGAGAACUCUUUCAAAGCAGGAAUUCAGGUCAUAGUAACAGCUUUGAAACACAGUAUUCACUAAGUGACUCUUUGAGAGGUGAAAUUCGAAGCGUAUAUGACAUAAGGAACCCAACUUUCAUCAUGGUUGUCGAUAUAGGGCUGCUGGACUUGAGCACAGAUAUAUGGAAGGAACAGCUUAACUUCCUUGACAAGUACUCCGGGAAAGCAAAGUUUGCAUGGAUGCUGAAUCAUGAUACCUCCAACGCCAUAAAGAUGGAGCUCCGGAGAAAAGGGUACGUGUUGAUGGUUAACAAACCUCUAUACAAGGCAAAGAUGGUUCAUAUUUUGGAAGUUGUCAUAAAAGACAGAAACCUUGAAACAGAGAGGAGAACUGCAAAUGGUUUGAGAAGUACCACAAAAGAAGGUGAAUUGCAUGAAUGCCUUGAGAUUGAUUCUACUCAGUUUGAUGUUGCCAGCUCUGAUGAUUCUGAUAUAUGUGAAAAGAAUAACACCAAUUCCAAAAAUGCACUUCAUAUUGAAGAAAACCAAAGAGACAGGAACACAAAACCUAGUUCCUCACAAUACCAGACGGUUAACAGCUGCUUAGUUGAACUGACAAAUGUAUGCUCAGAAGAAAAAAAUUCAAGGAAAGAAGAGUCAUAUCAGAUAAGGUCCAACUUAUGUGACCUGGAAGAUGCAGAACAUAAAUCUCAAUGUGGAAAUUCCAGAUUUGAAGAACAGCAUUUGAUUGCCAACGGACGUAAAGAGCAUGGUAACUCACAUAGAGCUGUGAAUCAACAGAAAUCUCUCGAAGGCCUACGCAUACUGCUCGCAGAAGACACACCAGUGCUGCAGAGAGUUGCAACUAUAAUGCUAGAAAAAAUGGGGGCUACAGUAAUUGCUGUGGCUGAUGGACUGCAGGCAGUUGAUGCUCUAAACUGUAUGCUCACUGCAGAAGACUGUGGAAGGGAGCUUCGCUUGAAGGAUAGAGAUACAAAUGCAGAAAACAAAAGUUGGGUCCCCCGUCCGUUUGACUUGGUUCUAAUGGAUUGUCAGAUGCCAAAGAUGGAUGGUUAUGAGGCAACAAAAGCAAUCAGGAAAUCAGAAGAAGGGACUGGUUUACACAUUCCAAUUGUUGCUCUAACAGCCCAUGCAAUGUCAUCAGAUGAAGCCAAAUGCUUGGAGGUGGGCAUGGAUGCUUAUCUAACAAAGCCUAUUGACUACAAGUUGAUGGUGUCUACCAUUCUUUCACUCACUAAAGUGACAGCCUAA